GCUCGAAAUCAGUUGAUCGCAGAUCGCGAACGUGUCAGCAAAUUCGUCGAGAACCACGUCGAGCGGGUUGUUGCUGCGAUGAUCUGAAAAACCGAAACCCGCCCGUCAAUGGAUGUUUGUAAUAGCACGCGUGUUCCGUUUGUUUUAUGUCGUUGAUCUUUUCCGGCUGGCAUCAUUCCGUUGCGGGUUGCGAAAUGCUGUAGCUCGCGGAGGCUGCCGACGUGUUUGCGGAAUUACCUUGAAUUACCGGGUAGGAGGAGGAACUGUGUGUUGGUUUGUUAGUUGGUUUAUUUUUCUCUCAAAUGUGACAAACAGCAAACGGUGAAUCUAAUUUUACUGCCAUUCAGUAGGAAAAGUGCACCUCGGAUAAGGUCAUAGUUGCAGUGGGCGAAACCGUAACAAAAAAAAACAAAACAGUGAGCCAAGUGGGUUAGGGAGUGUAAGGGAGAAAUAGAGGGAGGAAGGAGGAAAACGAAAUAAAAAGUGUGCAAGGAAGAUCAAGUGCAUAUUUCGUACCACCGGUUGGUCUGUUUUCAACUAAAAAUAGACACAGCAUUUUGGGGCGAGACAGGCAAAAGUGAGUGCGGAAUACAUAUAUUUUGUAGCGGGCAACCUUAUCACGAACGAGCAUUCAUUUUUGCUCACAUUGCGGAAAGUGGAGAUCGUCAUCAUGCCUACAAUAGCAGUGCCGUUCCCGAACGUAUUCUUCGAGAUAAUGCCUUUCUAGGAUAGGCACAUACACUCACACACACACAUACUGCCCAUCCGUAACAACAACCCCCACAGCGCACGGCCGCGAGCUUUCUUCUCAAUUUCAGCAGAGUUACUGCGAACAGAAGAAGGAGCGGUACUCCUGCACUGUCUGCCUGCCUGACUGACUGCCUGACUGGCAGACUAGAAUCGUAUCCGCCGCUCAGAGUUACUUGAGCUUGCACCUCGAACGGUUCGACGCGCACAACCGUUAUCUCGACUAUCGGCCAUCGGGAGAUUGUUUGCUACUGCCAAUUUCAGCAGCCAGAAGAACACCGAAUCACUUCAACGGGCCCAGAUAGUUUAUCUUUACAAGGCAAGAUCUCCGGUCGCCUUCCUUGUCCGAUCCAAGUGCUACAAGUGUGACGUGUACGACUUAAUUGCGUUAUCGAUGUAGGCUCAUAUACUACCGGUAGGCAGAUAUCUUGAAUCAAGUAGACGUGAUUGGCCGUGAUUGGCCUGCCUUCGCCACAGGCACGAACGAACGAACCGGAUCAGUUCGAUCUCCAUCCCUCCCCCCGUCUUCAUCGAUCGGUCAAAUAGGUUAACGAUCGAGUCAAGCAAGUUUGACCUGAGUUUGGUUUCCAGUAGUUCUUGCGUCGGUCGGUCAGUCAAUCGGUCACCGUUGUGCUCCCGACAGCAACCGAGUUGAUCAGUAUGUCAAUGAUGGGUGAUAUGGUUCAAAGAACUAGAACGAUGUACGUGAGCAACAAUCCGCCGGUGGUGGCGACAGUCAUGUCCUUAGAGGAGUCCCGCCGGACGCAGCGCCCCUACCGGUAUGGAAUGAUACUGCUGUGCGUUGGUGCCCUAGUCAACUGGCUCGGUCUGGCAGAGAACUAUUCGGAACCAAUUCGGUACACCGGAGUGGCGUGUAUUCUUGCAGGAGCAUGUUUGAUUUGUACUGCGAUGUGUUGUUGGCUGCAUGCACCUAACCGGGCUGGAUCUUCGAGUGAGAAUGACGAUCCAGUACACGUAAUAAGUUCAGCUGACGAACGCCGGUGUGAAAAACCACCCGACUAUGACAGCGUAGCGGUGGCGCCUCCCAGCUACGACGACGCCAUCAAACUGGACCCGUCGGCGCUGUUGCACCUAUCCCUGGUGGUAGCGACCGAGAAUAACAGUACCUCAGAUAGCAUUAUAGAUAAUAAUUUAUCAACUACUAACGCAGCUAGUACAACAACUGCUACUAGUACUACUACAACUACAACUAUUACUGCAACUACCGGUACUAAUACUGCUGCCAGCAAUAAUACCACCACUAGUCCUACGUCAUCAGCGACGAUCAACAACUUCCCUAGCGUGUACACUCGAUCGCGAGAUAAUUACAGUACUACUACCUCAGACAACACCCACAACUCACCGGCCCGUUUUAGUUUGGAGAACGAGAUGCACCGGGAAACCCCACCUAGGUAUGAAACCAUUGGUGGCCCACUCGCUGCUACCAUCGUAGCUGCAGUACCCAACGAUGUUAGUCCCGUGAUCGCGGUAUCCAGAAGUGACUAGCCCAUGAUCGGUGAGCCCCUGCAGAGUGAUCCCAUGGAUGGAGAUUCCCAUCCGAUCGGAGAUUCCGGGGGUGAAUUGAUUUUUUACAUGCUUCAAUAUUUUAUACAAUUCCGACUAAAAUUAAUCCUCAACUGAAUCCACUUGUGCCAAGUGGGUGACAGUGAUCGCAAGGCUGUGCUCAUCUUGUGUAAUGUUUGUACUUACUUUGUAAGAAGAUACACACUAAAAAAAGUCUCAAGUCACUUAUAGUAUAUUUUAUAUAGAAAUAAGGUUUGUCGAAAACGUGAAUAGACUAGUUGAUAGUUUGUAUUAUUCCCCAAGUGCGUUCGCACCAGUAUUAGGAUGGUAGAGACAGGACCAAAUAUACAAGCAACGAGAAGCAGGCAGCAACAGUUUGCUACGAGCUUGGUCUCGGAUCAAACGGGAAAGGUGCUAAUUCCCGACACUAAUUGCUAUCUUAAAUAGCUGCCAAAAGUAUCACCAACCGCAAAAGUAUAUUGUUAGAAAUGUGUAUGUGUGCACAAUCGCAGCAGGCAGGUUGGAAAUGUAAAUCUCAAUUAUAGGCUGUCAGUCAAUCGGAUAAAACCAUUUAUUUCGUGUCGUUGCAGUUAGAUUAGUAGCAAUGGUGCCACUCAUGAAUUAGCGAGGAAAAGUUUAGACGCGGUAUGAGAUAUUUGACAAAAAAAAGUGAACUAAACUAAGCAUUAUGCGCCGAUGCGAGUAAUGUUAAAAAUAUAAAUUAUUACAGA